UUUGUCGUCGUACUGGAUUUGUGGACAGACAAACAGCAGGCAUCACUGCAUUCAUUCAAAUCUGUUGAGUUUGUAUAUGUUGUUCAGCGUUUACGUUCAGAGAGUUGUGGCUCACUUGUCUGACCACAAUUUUCAUCAAGUGUGACUGUUGCCCAUAGGCCUGGGGGUAACUGAAUGGGUGCUUUAAGCACUCAGCUAGUUUUUUUUUUUUGUGGUGCAGUAACCACUUGGUACUGUUUCAGUAGAGUGGGAACACUGUCCUCUGUGCUUUAAGUCCAGGUUCACAAUGCUUGUCCAUGUCCUUUUUGAUUUUACUGAUUCAUGUGCGUUUCAUCAGUCUUCACCUCCAAGAAUGGAUCCAUCCAGACUAUACCCUGUCUGAACAAAAAGCUCAAAUCAGUCACCGAUGCUGUUAUUGGCCUACAGUACAUAUGGGAGUAUAGAAGCCCAUCUAAGUCGGUUCCACCCCAUUACCAGUGUAAACUGUGUAAAGUUCAGCGGCUGCAGAAUGAAAUGGCUGCUCACAUCACUGGCUGGAAGCACAGUUUCAAAUACUUGAAGCAGAACCACAAAGACAAGGUUUUCCAUGAGGAAGAGGCUGCACUUAAAGAUCCAGCCAUCAGGAAAGCCAUUAAAGCUGCUGCUGCUGAAGUGGAAAAAGCUGAGGGAAGAGGUCAAAUCAAGACUGUGCUAAAGGAGCCAUUUGAGGUUAUGGCGUUUCAGGGCAUGAAGUCUGCACAACCCAAUCCAGCAUUUGCAGGAGCUGCUGGUAUUCUUGGGCCUCCUCCCAGAGGGUUAAAACCAGGUGGUCAAUAUGGAGGUCCCAUGUACAUGGGGGAUUUACCACCCCGGGGUGGCAUGAUGCCUAAUUUCUCCCCUGGCAUGCGUGCGUGUAUGGAUGAACCCCCCAUGAGGAGAGGUUAUUCAGAUAUGGGAGACUUCACUAGCCCAGGUCGCUAUGGUAACAGCAUGCCUGGACCAGACAGGGGAAUGAUGGAAACAGACAACAUGCAACAUUUCCCUGAUGAUGGACCCAUGCGCAUGGGCCCAGAUGGCUUUGGGCCUGGCCAGCGUAAUGAAGGCAGGGGCAGACCUUUCCCUAAUGACAUGUCCAUGAACAGCAGUGGUGACCGAUUAUUGGGACAUGGCCCUAAAGGCCCGGAGAACAAUAGCCUCCCUGCAACACUGCUCAAAUAUCUGGACUCUUUUCGUAUUGAAAACGAGGACGAUGCUCAGAUCGUCUUGAAGGUCACACAGAAGCUCACAGAUGUACUGAUGGAGUAUCGCCUCAGAAGUAUUUCAGCGGUGCCCAGUGUGAAGCCCCUGCCCUCCAUGAACUUCUCAUCCUCAUGUCUUCCACACAACUCUAAAGACCGAUUCUCCAGCGGCAUGCCAGUUUUUCUUCUGUACCAGACACCAGAUCCUCUAUUUCCAUGUGUCUUUGGAGCCUCUAAAAACAUCAUAUAAAUUACAACCAAAGCGCCUCCUUGAUUUCAUAUUCAUCAUCAUAUGUUCUCAUCAUUCAGGAUGUUGCAGGCACAACAGCAAACAACUUUCAGCAAAUGCCUUAGUAUACCAUUAAAACCUGUUAAUUAUCCCACUAUUAAUAUUCCUAUUACUGUUCCUACUAUCAGUAACACAAUUAUCCAAUUGACCACUUUCAUUAAUGUAUUCAAAAGCUCUUGACCUACAUCUAUCACUGUAGAUAAUGUUUUUUUUCUCUCUAACACUUUGCCCACUAAUAUCCAUCCUUGUGAUUCUUUCACCUAAAUCUUUCCAAUCUUCUGUAGUCCACUGCCUGUAUCCUACAUUCUUUUCAGCAUAUUGUAAUCUUGCUACCAUCCAAUACCACGGGUAAGGUGGCAUACACCUUCCUUGUUCCUGAUUAUUGAAAUUCCACAUGUUCCCCAUAAAUAUGAGUAAAUUUGUUGUAAUCCUUUUUGCUAACAACCUAUUAAUUCCCUGAUCAAGGUCAUGUCUUCUAAUAUUAUAAUCUAUUUUAGUGUGUACACUAGACCAUCCAACAU